AGCGCCCUCUAAUUUUUACCAAUAAAAAAAUGGCGUCGCCCAUGCGGUAGAAAGUGCAGUAAAUAUUGAAAACUAUGGAGAGACUCCACACCCACGUGUGGUUCACAGGAAAGAGUCUGAUUAAUGUCCUCACGGAGCUGCCAAACUACGGGAUCGGGAGGCUCGUGACACGACGAAGAUGGACCAUGAUGUACCCAGAGAGCGAACCGUGUUACGUCAAAAUAACCCGUGUCAAAGUCGACUGCACCAGACCGGAACUUGAUCGAGGACAAGUGUGGGGAGAACUCACAUUCAGAGGAUACAAAAGAGAGGGUUUGGUAGUUGAGGUCGGGGCUUGGUGGAAGAGAGAAUGGGAGUUGAUCCGCAAGGCCGAUGAAGAGGACUUCUGCAAGUUCACGCCCAAGCCGGAAGACUUUCAUGUGGCUCCGAGCCACGCCCGCAUGCCUCCACUCUUGGAAGCCAUGGUGUUGAAACAGCAAGCGGAUAAGGGGAUUAAAGUUGAUGCAGACGAUCCACCGUUGUUGGAGCUUGAGAUUAGGAGAACCUACCGGCACAAGGCCUAUCAGCUGGCAAGCCAGAAAAUUAUUGGGGAAUACUGAAAAACAAGACUGUUGAACUUCAAAAACCUUGGAAGAACAGACUCUGUGAACUACACACUGAAGUGCUCUCAGAGUGUCUGUGCAUGGAGCCUUGUGAAAAAAAUAAGUGGUUCUCAUUCAGUUUUUAGGCUCCAGUAAUAAUGCCACGGCUCAACUAUAUUAUCAGUCCCAAGUUCCCAUCCUAACUGGGAUGGUUUUGGACUCGGCAUAGUUUUCAUGCCAGAAUUCAUUUAAAAAAUGUGUCUACAUGAGUUUCUCUUGUGCUUUGUAUCACGUGUGUGUUAAAAUGCAUGAUUGGACAGCCCAACUCAAGUUGGGACUUAUGAUGUAGUUUGGGCUUAACAAUUAUAACCUGUGGUCUGUAGCACUGUAUGAAAACUAACGAGGGAUAUAUCUGUUCAGAUUGGCAAUGAGUGAAUGAUUGACAUAAUGAGAGCUAAAUGGAAGGCUGGUUCAAGGUCUCUAAAUCAAGUUUUUAACUAAGAAAGGAGGGGACGAGAGCAAGAACCAACGACCUUUUCAUUGUUCAUGAUGCCUCAUUUGGAAUUGUUGUGUACCUUGGGGUGUGCUGCUAAAGUGCUGCUCUGCAAUUUAGUCACAAAGGGGCUAAUAGGGCAUAAGGUACCUAGCAGGUCCAGGUUAAAUAUCGCCAAUGUUAGGGGGAAUAAAGUGGGCUGUAUAAAAGCCCCUCAAACUUCAUUUUCCCCCACCUACCCCAUCCCCUCCACCCUCCCAAAAAAGUUAACUUUGUGUCGGUGGACUUUUCCAUUGAAAAGGUUUUGUUUUUUGAGAUUCAAAAGUUCCAUUUUAGACCCCCUAUAAAGGGCAGUGGAAUAAAUGUCUUAUUUGACAAGGACAAUGUC